AUGCCGAGUCAUCAAAUGGAAACUGAUAUCGAAGAACAAGAGACUCAGAUCUGGAAGAAGAACUCACCUUUUCUCUAUGACCUUGUCCUUACUCACGCGCUUGACUGGCCUACGCUCACCACACAAUGGUUUCCCGAUUCUGAAUUAUCGUCCGAUAAAUCCUACUCCAAUCAACGUCUCCUGAUCGGAACACACACCUCAGAUAGCGAACCUAAUUAUCUGCAUAUCGUCAAUGUCCGCUUGCCCAAUCCGGAUGCUGAAGACUUGGAGCUUGAUAAAUAUGACGAACAGUCUGGCGAAAUUGGAUCGUAUUCUGACACACAACCUAGGUUCAAGGUGACACAAUCUAUUCCUCACACUGGUGAAGUAAACCGAGCGAGAUAUAUGCCUCAAAACCCUGAUCUGAUAGCCACAAAGACUGUGAUGGGUGAUGUUUACGUAUUUGAUCGCACUAAACAUCCUUCCGAUCCGCCCAAAGAUAACAUUUGCAAACCCGACAUCACUCUUCAAGGUCAUACCAAAGAAGGCUUCGGUCUUGACUGGAACACAAUCAAGACGGGUCAUCUAUUGAGCUCAUCUGAAGACGAGACAAUAUGUCAUUGGGACAUUGAAGCCUAUACCAAAGGCGACCCCGUGCUGAAACCUUAUCGAGUUUACAAGGGGCAUUCGUCGGUUGUUUCAGAUGUCUCGUGGCAUUAUCAUAAAGACAGCGUGUUUGCAUCGGUCGGUGAUGAUAAGCAGCUGUUAAUCUGGGACACACGCAAUAGAGAAUCUGAUAAGGCCGUUCAAGUUGUGGCGGACGCCCAUGCUGGCGAAGUGAAUACUGUGGCCUUUUCGCCCCAGUCUGAUUUUUUGCUUGUGACAGGUGGGAGCGACCAAUGUGUGAACCUAUGGGAUCUGCGUAAUCUCAGUACCCGACUUCACGCGCUCACAGCGCACACUGAUGAGCUCAUCUCACUGGCCUGGUCUCCCUUCCACCCUACCAUUCUCGCAUCCGGUUCCUCGGACCGACGCACAAAUAUCUGGGAUCUGAGCAAAAUCGGCGAAGAACAAACCCCGGACGAUGCAGAAGAUGGCCCACCUGAGCUUCUCUUUAUUCAUGGUGGUCACACCGCACGACCCACAGACAUCGCGUGGAGUCCAACAAAACCAUGGCACCUUGUGACCGCUGCGGAGGACAAUGUGAUCCAGCUGUGGUCUCCCAACUCUACCAUCACUAAAGGCCCAAACGGGAUCGUUAUUCCUGUUGACGAGUUAGAGUGA